AUGGGUUCAUCCUCUAAAUCGGAAGAUAUCAACCAGAAAGUCGUUUGCAUACCUUUUAUCGAACCAGAAUCUGCGAUAGAACAGCAAGUUAUCCGCGAUGAUACCGAUCUGCCAGACGGCGUAGAGCUUAGGUUGAGGGCAUACCAGACUGCCUGGUCGAAAUGUCUUGCAAGGAUUCAGAGUAUAGUGCAUCAUCUAAAGGAUCCUGUAGUGUCAGACGUUGUUCGAAGGGUUGAAGGGGCGUACGAGGAUAUUCUACCUGGGUUGCCGCAGCCCGAACUGCCUGUCAUAUGUAUUUCAGAGCCCACCGGGGAUUCUUCGACAUUGAACUUGAUUGUGGAAGAAUUGACGCGUAACGACCGCACUUUGGUCACUCGCCUUUAUCCAGCCACUUGUAACAAUGCCAUGUCGGCCAUGAAGGCACUUAUCUCUGGGUUCAUUAAUCAAUCGGACGAUGAAGUUGGUACCAAACACAAAGCCUCAGCAUCGCUAGCCAACUACGAUAUUCAAACUCUUCUGGCCUGGUAUGAUGCACUCAACGACACGCAAAGGUUGGAACUUGUGGUUGUAUUCCAGGGGUUCGAACAAUUCGAUCCGCUAGUAGUCCAGGAUGUCUGCUACAUUUGCAGCCUGAAUGUCCCCCGGCUUCCCCUUGUGUUCUUAUUAGGAUUAUCAUCUCCUCCGUCCGCCCGUUUCCUCUCACAUACAUAUCCCAGGGCGACGCUAUGUCUCCUGCGGGUGUCUAACGUUACUGUACCACAUGGGCUACCGGCUUUAGAGGAUGUCAUAUUAAAGACUUUUUUUGACCUUGACUUUCAACCAGAUAUCGACAUAGGUUCCUCUGCUUUUACCUUCCUGGUUGACUACUUUAUGCGACACAAUUCGGGGAUCGAUGCAGCUUUGACCAUCUUACAGCUAGCCUACAUGAAACACUUCGAGGAUCCACUGACAAUCCUUGUCAAUGAUAACCUCCUUGGAACGUCCAGUUUAUCAGAGGCGAUGGAAAAGCUCAGGCAACCCCAGUCUUUCCCGUUUCUGGACUCAUUAUUCGCCCGCGUGCACGCGCAAUCAGAGCAGGCGGGCGCAGAGCAUAUUGACCUAUGGCAUCAAGAAACUAUCGAUUCCCUCUUCAGGUCGCUGGAUAAGGAACGAAGUGCAUUCCGGGACCACACCCGGCAAUCUCGCAUCUGGUUCAAGAUUCUGACACUGGCGAGAGCUUUUCUACUGAAGGAAAAUGCGAUCAAGGAGGCGCCGGAUAAACCUAGGUCGAGCAUCGAUUUGAUAUCUUCCUACUUAGAUGGCGAGCUCGAAGGGGAAGUACAAGCCCUUGCUAAAGCCAUCAAAAAGUUGGGUUCCUACCAGCUUCGCGCACUUCUAGACGACCUGCACGACUUCUUUUCUGAAGUGCCAGCCUCAUCACAGAGGCUUGUUAAUCACCCGAGAAACCAUUGUACCUCACUUCUCACAAGUCUUCCUGACGAGGAGGAUGUCACUGGGGUCAGCGUACAAAUAGCAGAGAGCGUGAGCACCUGGCUCCUGCAGCAUUGGUCAGAUUAUUUAGGUAACCCCGAGACAUCGAGUAAAUUGUGGGACAUCUGGUAUACCGCCUCCACACCUUUCCCUGCUGAUCUCCUCAACCCCUCUACACGCUCGUCCCUGUUCUCCGGACUCUUGCAACCAUGGGCCUAUCUGUCACCGGCAGACGUUCAGAAUGAAGCGACACGCUACGCGACGUGGCAGCUUCCGGACACCAGCAUUCUUUUCUGUCGCUAUCUUGACAGUGGGAAGAUGAUCAAUGUAUACGACUGGUUCGAAUCCUUUGUCUUGGUCCUAGACACACAAAGGGAUCGCCUACGCGAGAGGAAGAAGCAAGAAACGAUGGCCGCUGCGAACGCCAAACCCCUGAAGAAGGGAACGUCUUCGAAGAGGAGUAGAUCAUCAGCUUCUCCAACCAAGAAAGGGGAUAAAGCUGCACGAGGUGCUCCAGAUGACGAGGAUAACGUAUGGGACGAACAGGACGAUGAGAAUUGGAAACUGGAGAUACAGGCUAGGUUCAUCCGAGCGCUGCAUGAAUUGGACUAUCUGGGAUUUGUCAAACACACGGGCAGAAAAGCAGAUCAUGUUUUGCGUACUGUUUUCGACGUCGCCGAUUGA